CUUCCCAGGCACGGAGGAGGCCCCGGCUCCCCAGGGGCUGAGAAGCUGGAGUACUGGGGAGGGGGAGCUGAGCCACAGUCCAGCAAGGACCACCCAAAAGGAAGCAUGAACAGAAAAGACAGCAAGAGGAAGUCUCACCAGGAAUGCUCGGGGAAGUCAGGAGGUCGGGCCCGGCCCCGACAGGCCCCCCGCCGCCACAAGACCUGCCCCAGUCCCCGGGAGAUCAGCAAGGUCAUGGCUUCCAUGACUCUGGGCAUGCUGGGCGAGGGCAGCUACAGCGAAGAUGAACUGCUGGAGAAGUGCAUCCAGUCCUUCGACUCCAGUGGCAGCCUGCGCCGCGGGGACCACAUUCUCAACAUGGUGCUGGCCAUGCACAGCUGGGUGCUGCCUUCGGCGGAACUCGCUGCCCGGCUGCUGACUUCGUACCAGAAGGCUGCAGAGGACACCCAGGAGCUGAGGCAGCUGCAGAUCUGUCACUUGGUCAGGUACUGGAUGAUCCAACACCCAGAGGCCAUGCGUCAAGAGCCACAGCUGGAAGAGGUUAUAGGUCGUUUCUGGACCACUGUGGCCCAGGAGGGCAACUCGGCCCAGAGGAGCCUGGGAGAUGCUUCCAACCUCCUGAGCCCUGAUGGCCCUGGCCCCCCACUUCCCAUGAGCAGCCCAGGCCUGGGCAAAAAAUGCAAAGUGUCCUUGCUUUUCGAUCACCUGGAGACGGAGGAGUUGGCUCAGCACCUCACAUACCUGGAGUUCCGGUCCUUCCAGGCUAUCACGCCCCAGGACCUGCGGGGCUACGUUUUGCAGGGCUCCGUGAGGGGCUGCUCAGCCCUGGAGGGAUCCGUGGGUCUCAGCAACAGCGUGUCCCGCUGGGUGCAGGUCAUGGUGCUGAGCCGCCCUGGACCUGCACAGCGUGCGCAGGUGCUGGACAAGUUCAUUCACGUGGCACAGAGACUCCGCCAGCUACAGAAUUUCAACACACUGAUGGCGGUCACAGGGGGUCUGUGUCACAGUGCCAUCUCCAGACUCAAGGACUCCCAUGCUCACCUGAGCCCUGACAGCACCAAGGCCCUGCUGGAGCUGACCGAGCUCCUUGCCUCCCACAACAACUAUGCCCGCUACCGCCGCACCUGGGCGGGCUGCACGGGCUUCCGGCUGCCUGUUCUGGGUGUGCACCUGAAGGACCUGGUGUCCCUGCAUGAGGCGCAUCCUGACAGGUUGCCAGACGGCCGCCUGCAUCUGCCCAAGUUGAACAGCCUCUACCUGCGGCUACAGGAGCUGGCGGCCCUCCAGGGGCAGCACCCGCCCUGCAGCGCCAACGAGGACCUACUGCAUCUGCUCACGCUCUCCCUGGAUCUCUUCUACACGGAGGACGAGAUCUACGAGCUCUCCUAUGCCCGGGAGCCCCGCUGCCCCAAGAGUCUGCCACCCUCUCCCUUCAAAGCACCUCUGGUGGUCGAGUGGGCCACUGGUGUGACGCCCAAGCCAGACAGGGUCACCCUGAGUCAGCACGUGGAACAGCUGGUGGAGUCUGUGUUCAAGAAUUACGACCCGGAAGGCCGUGGCACCAUCUCCCAGGAGGACUUUGAACGGCUGUCAGGCAACUUCCCCUUUGCUUGCCAUGGGCUGCACCCACCCCCCCGCCAGGGGCGAGGCUCCUUCAGCAGAGAGGAGCUGACAGGGUACCUGCUCCACGCCAGCGCCAUCUGCUCCAAGCUGGGCCUGGCCUUCCUACACACCUUCCAUGAGGUCACCUUGCGCAAGCCCACCUUCUGUGACAGCUGCAAUGGCUUUCUCUGGGGUGUCACCAAACAAGGCUACCGCUGCCGGGACUGUGGCCUGUGCUGCCACAAACACUGCCGGGACCAAGUGAAGGUGGAAUGUAAGAAGAGACUAGGGCCCAAGGGGGAUGCGGGCCCCCCAGGAGCCCCCGUCCCACCCACACCGCUUCACGCCAGCUGCGACGCUGAGGAAAGUCUCUCCUACACACUCUCCCUGAAGCCUGAGGCCGGAUGCCACCUCUGCCAUGCCUGGACCCAGACAGAAACCCCACACCCUUCCUUGGAACCAGAGACGGCCUCCUUCCCAGAGCCGGUCCCGCCAUCCACCCCCUCCUCCAAGCCAGAUUCCUAGACAUCAUCUUGGGCUCGUCUCUCCCUCACCCACGGACUACUGCCAAGGGGACAGGGCUCCCAGGGGUGGAGGCAGGACUCAGACCCUAAGAGCGAAGCCCCAGGCCUGGGUGCUGUGCUACGUGGACAGCCUGCAGGGGUGACGGGGGGACAGAGGAGGCAGGGUUCCACACUGGGGUGGCAAACACAGGAGAGAAGGGGUGGAACUGUGGGACCGGAACAUGCACCAGGUCCCAUCCCCCCCUCACUCAGGGUAAAAGCCAGUCCUCACCAUGGCCCACAGAGCCCGCGCUCUGCCCCAUCUGCUCUUUGACCUCAACUCCUACCUCCCCUGCCCUCACUCAUCCUGCUUCAGCCCCCUCCGCUGGCCUCAGGGUACCUUGAACAUUCCCCAAACAGUCCUACCUCAGGGCCUUUGCACUGCCUGGAAGGCUCUUCCCGAGAGGCCAAUGUGGCUUAUUUUCUGAAACUGUGCUCAAGGGACACUUCUCAGGGAGGCCUCGCUGUCCCUGCCCAUCCUGCCCUCUAGCUCUCUUUUCCUCCACUGUGUUUCCUUUAUCUGACAGAUUCAUGUUUCACCUAUAUUUUGUUAAAUGUCCCUCCUUCCUCACCAGAAAUGUUACCUGUCUUUCCCUGCUGUGUCCCGGUGCCUAUAACGGGGCUGGCACAGGGUGGGCCUUGGAUAAGUGUUUAUCCCAGGCCUCCGUGUGUCCUUCCCCACGCCCACAAGAAGGGAAAGGGGUGUUGUGGACAAGCAGAGGACCCUGUGGAGCAGAUGCAGGGCAGAGACCCUCUACCCCUCCACUGGCCCACGCACCCCUGGCCUGCCUCACAGAGACAGGUCCUACGGCCAUCAAAAUUAAAUUUAUUUUCC